AUGACAAUCUUAGGUUCAAUCUCAUCAAUUGGUAAUGUUAAAUCAAUUUCAAAAUCAAAUAAUUUAUCAUCACUAUCAAAUUCAUCAUCUUCUUUACAAUCAAUGAAUUCAAUUCAAUGUGGCGGUGGUUGUGGAAAUGGAGGAUUACUCGGUGCAGUUGGUGGUCUCGUUGGUGGUGUUCUUACUGGUACUGGUGUAAUUGUUGGUUCUGUUUUACAUGGAGUUGGUUCCAUUUUAACUGGAGGUCCAAACAAUUGUGGCUGUAAUUAA